AUGCAGCAUGGCCAAAGGCUUUUUCUGUGCCUGCUGCUUUGGCUGCUUGUACCAGCGGCCAGAUGCCAGAACAGAAGACAGUCUGGAGAAACUCUGAACCUCACCACAAAACAGGACAAUGAGUUAGUAUGCACUCUAGAGAUCGCGUUCAUCCUGGACAGCUCAGAGAGCGCGAAGGGCCUUCUGUUCGACCGAGAGAAAGCGUUCGUGCGUUCCUUCAGCAAGCGCGUGGCCCAGAUGCAGGUGUCUGACUGGCAUCUGAAAACCCGUAUGGCGCUCAUCUACUACAGCAGCUCGGUCCACAUCGACCAGCACUUCAGAAACUGGCAGGACCUUGACGUCUUCCUGGGCCGACUGGAGGACGCCAUCUACAUCGGCCAGGGAACGUACUCCACGUACGCCAUAUCCAACGCCACUCAACUCUUCGCCAGCGAGACCAAGGAGCAAAGCGUGAGGGUCGCCCUGCUCAUGACCGACGGCGUCGACCACCCGCGCAAUCCCGACAUCAUGAUGGCGGUCGCCGAGGCCAAAGGCCACAACAUAAAGAUCUUCACAAUCGGCUUAUCGAACUUGGCAAAGGACAACGUGAACAGCGCCAAACUGCGGGUCGUAGCGAGCAGCCCGGCGCAGCAGUACUUCCACAGCCUCACUGACCCCAAACUAGAGGAACGGCUCCUGCAGCAGCUCGAAAGAAUUGCGAAGAAUGAAUGUCCUCGGCCACCGGUGUGUUUGUGUGAGAAAGGUGAUCGCGGUCCUCCAGGAGCUCCUGGCAAAAGUGGAGAGCAAGGUUAUGAAGGAGCACCGGGUCAAAAAGGCUCAAGGGGGGAAACGGGAGCACCCGGUCUGCCAGGAAUCAGCGGCCCAGAGGGAAGACCUGGGUUCAAAGGUGAUAAGGGGGAUCAAGGUAACUGUGGACCACCGGGACAAAAGGGACAUAAGGGCACCGAAGGGCUUCCAGGGCCAAGGGGCCCCAGAGGAGAGCAGGGUCUGAAAGGGCCUCCAGGAGACCAGGGUCAUGAGGGUACAGCUGGACCUAAAGGUGAUCGAGGGCCGAUUGGUGCAUCUGGCCCACCGGGAGAUAUUGGAGUCGGAUUUCCUGGUCCGAAGGGAGACAAAGGGAACCCGGGAAGAGCAGGUCUUCCUGGUCAGGUCGGCGUAGGUCAGCCUGGACAACUUGGUCCUCCAGGUUUACCAGGAGCACAGGGGAACCCAGGAGCUCCAGGUGAAGGUCUUCCUGGGCCCAAGGGUGACCGUGGCUAUGUCGGUGCUACAGGUGGACGUGGACCCCCAGGUUAUGGAAUUAAAGGUGAAAAGGGCGACGCAGGACCUCCUGGAUCACCUGGACCAUUAGGAAUGCCUGGCAGGGGGAUUCAAGGAGAGAAAGGGAAUCAGGGACCAGCUGGCCCUACUGGUCAAAGAGGGAAUCCUGGGAUAGGACUCGCUGGGCCAAAGGGAGAACAGGGCUUCCCUGGAGAACGUGGAGUCCCUGGAGAAAGAGCAAUCGGAGAACCAGGACCCAAAGGUGAACCUGGAUUACGAGGUUUACCAGGUGAGGCAGGUGUACCAGGAGAAGAUGGAGCCAUGGGGCCAAAGGGUGAUAUAGGCUUACCAGGACCCAAAGGGCAAGACGGACCUCCUGGAAGAGGCCUGCCUGGAGAGAAGGGAGCGGGCUCCAGAGGCCAACCAGGACCUUUUGGACCAGUUGGGCCAGCAGGGUCAAAGGGGGAACCAGGCAAUGUUGGAGUUCAAGGUGUUACUGGGCCCCCAGGAAGGGGCAUACCGGGACCUAAGGGCGAUCCAGGGCCAGUCGGUCCACCAGGUCCCACUGGAGAACCAGGGAUAGGCAUUGCAGGGCCGAAGGGUGAAUUAGGGUUACGAGGACCCGUUGGACCUCCAGGGCUGAAGGGAGAUGGCUAUCUCGGCCCACCUGGGCCACCGGGUCUGCCAGGUCCUACAGGAGAGUCUGGGCCAUAGGGAACAGGUUUACCUGGACCAAAGGGGGAUAGAGGCCCUCCAGGUUCCCCAGGGCCUGCUGGAGCACCAGGUCUUGGGCAAGUGGGCCAAAAGGGCUCCAUUGGUCAGAAUGGUCCAGCUGGUCCUCCAGGAUUACCAGGAGAGGGCAUGCAAGGACCAAAGGGUGAUCCUGGAUAUCAGGGUUUACAGGGGCCAAGAGGGUUUCCUGGAGAGGGUCUGCCGGGGCAGAAGGGGAGUCGUGGGUUAACCGGAGCACAAGGACGUAAAGGAGACAGAGGAGGCCAGGGAGAACCAGGAUUUACAGGACCACCGGGUAAUACAGGAACAAAAGGAGAAGCUGGUCUCACGAGAGAGGAAAUAAUCAGCUUAAUCCGAUCUAUUUGUGGCUGUGGCCGGAUUUGCAGAAUACAUCCUCUGGAGCUGGUGUUUGUGAUCGACAGCUCCGAGAGCGUCGGCCCGGAAAAUUUCGAGGUCAUUAAAGACUUUGUGAACACCAUGAUCGACCGCUCGUCCGUCAGUCCCGAGGUCACGAGAGUCGGCGUGGUUCUCUACAGCCACAUUAACCUGGUGGUCACAAGCAUUCAAGAGCGUUUGAGCCGCGAUGAAGUGAAAGCAGCCGUGCGCAGGAUGCCCUACAUUGGGGAGGGCACUUACACAGGAAGCGGCAUCAGAAAAGCCAAUGAGAUCUUCCGGUUCGCUCGGCGUGGUGUGAGGAAAGUGGCUGUGGUCAUUACUGACGGCCAGACGGAUCACCGGGACACGGUGAAGCUGGAGGAUGCGGUCAGAGAGGCCCAUUCGGCCAAUAUCACUAUGCUGGUUAUAGGAGUGGUGAAUCAAAGCGACCCCAUCUAUGAUGAUUUUAAACACGAGCUGAAGUCAAUAGCAUCGCCGCCCACCGAAGAGCACGUGUUUUCCAUCGAGGACUUCAGAAUGCUUUCUGAAGUGGAAAGUAAACUGCUCCAGAAGAUCUGUGAGAACAUUGAUGGAUCGAUAUUCAGCACUACCUCCAAGCCAGGUGCAGUUGGAGAGGUGUUCCCGUACUACGAUCCCAAACCAGGCGGCCCCAACGUUCUCAGCACUUUAGCACCGUAUCUAGAAAGAGAGGAACUGAACCUCCUCCCAGAUUUCUCUCUCACGUCACUGGAGCGGCCCAAACCGGACGCGGACAGGACAGAAACGCCGCUGCUCAUACAGGAUGACUUCACUGCAGACGAGGGAUGCCUACAGCCUCUGGAUCCCGGGCCGUGCCGAGAGUACGUUGUUAAAUGGUAUUUCGAUCCGAAAGCCAAUUCGUGUGCUCAGUUCUGGUUUGGAGGUUGCCACGGCAACAGAAACCAGUUCGGGAGUCAAGAGGCCUGCAAAAAAUCCUGUGUGAAAAUGUAAGUCUUGUCAUUAGAGCGCUGAUACUAAACAAGACAUGGAGCUAAAGGGGCUCUUUAUUAUUUAAAUAUACAUAAGCUUUUAAAAUUUUACGUUUUUAAAAAUAAACAUUUUACUGUGAACAUUUAAAAAAAAUAAACUUGAACAAUCUACAAAUGCAUUAUUUGCAUAUAUAGUGGCCACCAAAAAAGGUCAAGUCACAAUUUCUAAAAUGUCUAAAUUUGAAUGCAUUAAUGUUUUUUAUUUGAAAUAAAUGUAUGAAUAAUUCUUGAUAAGAAAUCAUUUUGGCUCAGAGAAAAUUAUUCUGAGUAAAAAUACUAUUUCUUGAUGUGGAAAAUGAACCAAUAUUCAAACAGUCUGUAAUCUUUUACCAUCAAAUGUUCUCAUGUAAACUAGUUUUUGUCACAUUAAACAUCUCCGUAGGGUUUUUUUUAUAUAUAUUUGUCUGUAUUUGUAUUUUUCUAAGUGUGUUUAAGCUCACUGGUGCUAUUUUGUUUAUGACUAGCGGUGGAUCUGUACUUGUAUCCAGAGGUCAGAGGUGAUGUGUGAAAUACUCCAUGUUCAUGUCUGACUCUUAUUUUUAAUAUUUACAAUUAUUUUAAUGCCAAAAUACUGCUCUGUUAUGCUGCUGAGCGAAGAAACAUUUUUACUUAAAAAAAAAAAAGCUUUUCAUUGUCAUUGUAAAACUGUAGUACUCUACAUUA